CCCAUUGUUAUUGUAUUAGCAAUAUAUAGUAACUUAAAACUUGGUCGUGCACCCAAGAUGAACCGGUCCAGGUGACACUUUAUCCACCAUGGCGCGCCGUGACCGAGUGUCUGUCGGCAGAGACCUUCAUUACGUUCCCGAUAUCACCUCUUCUCUGGAGUCUGCAUCCAACAAUGGGUUUGACUUUGUGUGCUCGCCCAUUGUCCAUCCACGCUACAAGCGAGAGUGUCUGGAGGGACGAGCCAAGGGUCGACCUGGAGCGUUCACCCGAUCUGACCUGCUGCUCACAUCACAGGAUUGGAGUACGCUGAUUGUGGGAAAGUUGUCUCCAUGGCUGCAGCCUGACUCUGAGAUAGAGUCUGUCCGCAAAAACUGCGAAAAGGCCCUUCAGCAGGAGCUGAGCUAUGCAGCACACCUGAGUCUACCUGCCAUCCUGGUACAGGUGCGCAGCACCAGGUGUGCUAACCUGGCCAGGUACAUCCACUACCACAUGAUGGGACACAACAACACACUGAUGUGGAUACAGGUGCCCCUCCAGUCGCCUGAUGUGUCCAGGGAGGAUGUUAUUGAAGGUGAACCUGCCGAGGACCCAGAGGACAACAAGUCACAGGACCCAUGGGAGUGGUGGAACACAUUCAGGUCUAUCUGUCAUUAUCACAAGAAACUUGCCCUCGCCUUGGAGUUGACCCCUGACCUGCCCUCUGAGAGCCAGCUGAGGAGAUGGUUAGGAGAACCCGUCCGAGCUGCCAUCAUUCCAACCUCCAUCUUCCUCACCAACAAGAAAGGGUAUCCAGUGUUGUCCAGGGCACAUCAGUCAUUUGUACAACAGUUGUUCCAGUAUGAUGCACAGAUUGUGAUCUCUGGAACAGCCAGGCAUGGAGAAAAGGGGCUGAGGGCGUACCAACAGUACAUGGAACAUCUCUUCCAGACAAAUCCACAGCCAGACCAAGUCACGAUGUUUGCCCGUGGUUACGAGGACUACCUACAGUGUCCCCUGCAGCCUCUGUUUGACAAUCUGGAGUCCAACACAUACGAGACAUUCGAGAAGGACCCUGUCAAGUACUCCCAGUACCAACAGGCUGUGUACUAUGCAUUACUGGACAAGAUUCCUGUCUCAGAAAAGGACACCAAGAAAAUUGUCCUGAUGGUGCUAGGUGCAGGCAGGGGUCCCCUGGUCAGGUGUUCACUUGAAGCAGCCAAGAGAGCUGAGCGACAAAUCAUUGUGUACGCUGUGGAGAAGAACCCCAACGCUGUCGUCACACUUGAAGCCCUGAAAGAUGAGAUGUGGGGUGAGCAGGUGACGGUGGUGUCAUGUGACAUGAGAGAGUGGGAGGCACCGGAGAAGGCAGAUAUCAUCGUCAGCGAACUCCUGGGGUCGUUUGGCGACAACGAGUUGUCACCGGAGUGUCUGGAUGGAGCUCAGAAGUUUCUCAAAGACGAUGGCAUCAGUAUCCCGCGGGAGUACACCUCCUACAUCGCACCUGUCUCCUCCCACAAACUGUACAACGAGGUGAGAGGGUGUAAGGAGAGGGACAAGGGACCAGAGGUUAGUCCAGCCUACUGCACAUCAGGAUGCAACAAGGAAUUCCACUCCUCUUUGGCUCCGUUUGAGACAGCCUACGUAGUGAGGCUCCACAACUACUGUGAACUGGCAGAACCUCAGCCUUGUUUCACCUUCCACCAUCCUAACAGAGGUCUGAUAGACAAUACCAGGGCCAAAGAGUUUGAGUUUGACAUUGAAGAGAACACAGUUCUUAACGGCUUUGCAGGAUACUUUGACACAGUCCUGUACGGAGAUGUCACACUAAGUAUUGUACCCAGGACACACUCUCCGGGCAUGUUUAGUUGGUUCUCAAUAUUCUUCCCCAUCCGGGAACCCAUCUACCUCAACAAGGGGAGCAGACUGAAGGUGAACUUCUGGCGAUGCUGUACAGAACAGAAGGUCUGGUACGAGUGGUGCGUCAACAGUCCCUCCGUAACCCCCAUACACAACCCUGCAGGGAGGUCGUACACGAUCGGGCUCUGAUGCAUCAAUCCCAUCAUUCCUAGCUGUCCUAAACUGUCUCCGUAUGGGACUUGCAACAGAACAAAGGGGCUAGCCUAUGAACUAAAAAAGAAACACCAUCGUUACAGUCUAGUGGGCUUGGUAGAGCCUUGCACAUGAAACACUGCGAAUUCAUCAGGGCUGUCCACAUGUACAUCUUAACAUUUUUUUCCCGUCCAACUCUUUGUUUGAAAGCACAUAUCGCUGAUUUUUGUUGUUAGAUCUUUCAAUUUAAGCUUUCAAAAAGCAAUUUUCAUUUCAGUCUCAAUAAUAGCUGAAGAGGUCACAUUUUUGUCCAUCCCAACAAGCAAAGUUUUGGGAUAGAAGGACCGGUCCAAGAGACAGCCCUGGAAGUAAGAUUUGGUAUAAACAUUUCCAAAACCAAAGGUUAUUAUAUACACCAUGCUGCUAGAGUCAGUGUAAAACUGAAGAUAUGUGCACCCCUCUUUACACUAGUGGGACAGCUUUCUUCAGAUCGCAAUGCAAGGAAGAAAACAUGAAACGUUGAUCUGUCAGAAGACAACUUUUCAAGAGAAGUUUACUUUGGUGUUUAACAGAAGGCUAGGCCUUAGUGUACCAUGUUUAACGUUGUAUAUUGUAUCACACUUAUGCUUUGUUUAAUAAAACCUAUAUCUUUCUUUUUAA